UUUGGAUUUAAAGUUGACGUUUUAUUUUGGUCUCAACAUGUUUCUUUCAUAUUAGUUGGUAUUAUUGUCAUUACAUCAAUAAGAGGUCUACUAAUCACUCUCACUAAAUUUUUCUAUGCCAUUGCAAGCAGCAAGUCUUCAAAUGCUAUUGUCUUAUGUCUAGCAGAAGUUAUGGGUAUGUAUUUUGUGUCAUCAGUCCUUCUAAUGAGAAUGAAUGUCCCAGAAGAGUAUAGGACUAUCAUCACAAGAGUUUUGGGGCAGCUUGAUUUUAGUUUUUAUCAUCGUUGGUUUGAUGUUAUAUUUUUAGUCAGUGCUUUAACUAGUAUUGUAUUUCUUUAUAUUGCUCACCAGCAGUCAUCAAGUAAAAGAACAGGAUAGCACAUACAUUACUAAUGAUUUCUUAAUUAUUAUUUUAAUUUCUCAAUUCUGUCAGUGUCACGGUUCACUAAUUGCUGCCUGAAAAAAUUUUUCAACAAAAUCAAAAUAAUAGUGGCUACAAAAUUACUCAUAAAUAAGCACAAAAGUUAAAGUUGGCACAAAAUUACUAAAAAUGAUUACUUAAAAGUUAUACAGUUUUAUUAUUAUUGAUGCUACCAUAAUUCGCAGCAACAGUAUUGUCUUGAGGAUAUUCUACUGGUAAAUCAUCCAUUCUACCAGGAACAUGUCGUUCAUCAUAUUCUUGUGGAUUCUCCAUACGAUCAGCAAUCCAAUCUUUAUCGUUACCAACUAAUGGCUGAUAUUCUUGUUCUUGUAUUCUGUUGGUGUGAUUGUGUAACUUGUGGUACUUAUAACAAUUCAUCAUCAUCUUGUACAAUUGAGCUAUCAUAUAAAUUAGCAGUAUAGAAAAUAAUAAACCAUUGAAAGAUACAAUCACUCUACCACUUUCUAUGAUAUAAUGAACUUCAACAUUAGCUUUCAGUGGAUUUAUAGUGGCACAAAAACCAAAAAAAGCAAUUACAAAAAUCAGAAGCAUCACUUCAAAAAAAUUGUGAAUGUUUCUUUGAAAAGGACGGAAUAUGAAAAUUAUCAUCACCAGGAAUAAAACUAAAGAGCCUUGAGUAAUUGCUAUAUAUUGGUAUAAUAUUUUGAGAUAAUCAAAAUUCGUUACAUACUGGUAUGUAAAUUGAAGCAAAAAUACAAGUAGCCUCAACAAUAAAUGGAAACCAGCAAAAAAACGAUAAUCAUACGUGCCAUUAGUUCCAUUCUUAUAAGGGCUAGUAAACACAUCACCCAGUGAUAUCAGUAGCUGUUUCCUCAAAUGUAAGCAAUCCAAUAACUUAUGAAACCAUUUGAAUGAAUAAAGAAGCAUAUAAAGUGUUGGUAAAACUAUCAGAAACAAUAAAAAUAAGAUAGCAAAAACACUAGCCAAUACAUGACUAGCCCCAAAAUAAGGCUGUUUUGCAUCAUAAAAGAA